AUUGAAAGAUGAUGACAGUGGAGACCAUGACCAGAAUGAGGAAAAUAACACACAGAAAGACAGUGAGAAGGAAAAGAAUGAUCGAGAGAAACCACAGAGUACUACCAAGAGGAAGGCUGUUGUCCCAGGGCCAGCUGAGCACCCCUUGCAGUACAAUUACACCUUCUGGUACUCCAGACGAACACCUGGGAGACCUACCAGCUCGCAGAGUUAUGAACAGAACAUCAAACAGAUUGGCACCUUUGCCUCCGUGGAGCAGUUCUGGCGGUUUUACAGUCACAUGGUACGUCCUGGGGACCUGACAGGCCAUAGUGACUUCCAUCUUUUCAAAGAAGGGAUCAAACCCAUGUGGGAGGAUGAUGCCAACAAAAAUGGUGGUAAAUGGAUUAUCCGUCUGCGAAAGGGCUUAGCGUCACGAUGCUGGGAGAAUCUCAUUCUGGCAAUGCUGGGAGAACAGUUUAUGGUGGGGGAAGAAAUCUGUGGGGCAGUCGUCUCUGUCCGAUUCCAGGAGGAUAUUAUCUCGAUAUGGAACAAGACAGCCAGCGACCAGGCCACAACAGCCCGGAUACGUGAUACGUUACGAAGAGUGCUCAACCUACCUCCCAACACCAUCAUGGAAUAUAAAACACACACCGAUAGCAUCAAGGAUAAUUCAAGCUUUCGAAACACAAAAAUCACAUUGUGAGAACAAGAGUUGGCACUAAGCUCCUCUCUCCGCGUUGAAAGCACUGAGAGGUCUCCACCAGUGCCCUCCGACCUCUGAAGGGACUCAUGGGCCACUCUCUCGCACUCCUCCUUGGAGGAAGGAUCCAUCUGAAGCCCUCCAGCAGCGGUGACAAUAGAGGCUGAUUUUGUCAUACACAAACUUUUUUUUAGCAGUGGGGCGGGAGGCCAACCUUUCAAUUAGCAGCGUGCCCUUGGGGCCGCAUCUUGCAGCACUUUCCUCUCUUUCUCUACAUGGCAUGCAGGAUCUCUGGGAUUCUGCCGCAACGUCAGAGCCUUUUGCUGAGGGAUACCAGUAUUAUAAAUCUCUCUGCAGCUGGGAGGAGCUUCCCAGUUGAGAGUCAGCCCUAUGGUUUUCAAAUGCCCCCUUUCAGCUCUGCCAAUAAAUUAUUGGGUCUCUUUGUUUCU